AUGUACAAAGCGCUGCAAAGGGUGGCGGUGGGUUCGGAGACUUUGCCAGUGAGUUCGCAGGCGCUGCCGGCGGGCCUGUUGCCGCUGCCACCCAACUUGCUUCUAAAGCUCAAGGCGGACUUGGCGCCGCCCAACAAGUUAAAGGUGCCGGACUUAGCGCCGCCCAACAAGCUCCAGGUGCCGGACUUGGCGCCGCCCAACAAGUUAAAGGUGCCGGACUUGGCGUCGCCCAACAAGCUCAAGGUGCCGGACUUGGCGCCGCCCAACAAGCUCAAGGUGCCGGACUUGGCGCCGCCCAACAAGCUCAAGGUGCCGGACUUGGCGCCGCCCAACAAGCUCAAGGUGCCGGACUUGGCGCCGCCCAACAAGGUCAAGGUGACGGACUUGGCUGCGCCGGACAAGGUCAAGAUGCCGGACUUGGCGCUGCCCAAGAAGGUCAAGGUGCCGGACUUGGCGCCGCCCAACAAGCUCAAGGUGCCGGAUAUGGCGGCGCCGGACAAGGUCAACAUGCCGGAUCUGACGCUGCCGUACAAGGUAAAGGUUCCGGACUUGGCGCCGCCGGACAAGAUCAAGAUGACGAUUACUCAGACUGAACCAGCCUAUAAAGAUCUGUUAACAAUAAAACUUGUCAAUUUUAUGAUUCCCUUUUAA